AUGACCUCCUCCCUGUCGUCUGAUGUCAUCACUUUAAGCGUUGGUGGGAAGAUCUACCAAGUGACGAAGUCCACCUUAGACAAGUACCCCGAUACGAUGCUCUCGAGGAUGGUCUCUGAGGAUUGGAAGAUGUCAAAGAACGAUUCCAAGGAUGAUACGGGAAAGGUGGCCUCGCCACCAUCCGUCUUUAUCGAUCGAGAUGGUGCUCUUUUCGAGUAUAUAUUAAACUGGUACCGCAAUGGGGAGAUUUGCAUCCCUUGGACAGUGAGUGAAGAGGCAGUCCGUCGAGAAGCCAGUUAUUUUGCCUUACCUGAUGAUGUCCGUGUUGUACGUGACACAAUUCUGAAUAAUGUUCGCGAGGCUGUUGGUCUGGUCCUCGACGACGUUCGCGAGAAGAUAGCAAAAUGCCAGACAGACAAAGAAGAAAUCGACGCACGUUAUUCCACUCGUCUCGCUCAGCUACAAGAGGAAAAGCGGAUGCUCAAGGCCCAACGAGAGGUCGAUCAGAAUCGUAUUCGGCGAGAUGCCAUGACAUUCGAGAUUCUGCUACCUAUAUUAACUCAAACAGCAGCCGUUAUCUGCCCUAUGGUGGCAAUUACGUGCAACCAAGUCAGUCGUCAGACUGUUACUGACAUACGCAGCUCCACAAGAGAGGAGUUAGCGGACCUAGGGGAUAUUAUGUCCGACCUUUAUCGUAACCGAGUACUCACGUUGCAGUCUCUGCAGUCCAGCAGUACGUUCUGCUGGUGA